UUCAUUUAAGGGACGGUAAGAAAAAAGUGAAUGAAAUUGAGGCAGCGUGCUGACGACAAACGAAUACGCCGACAGAGCUGCUUUUAUGUAUGUGAGAAUGCGAUAUGUAUAUAGACAUUAAAAAGUGAGUGAGCAGCACAAACAGCAGUACAUGAAAUGAAAGUUUAAUGGAGGUGCCAACUUGGCAGAUUUUGAAAGAGACUGUUGGUAUUUUAAUAUGUGUACGCGUAUAUACUGAAUGACUUCAGCAAAGGACUCUGCGUCAAAGGCUUUAGAAACAGUCGUGUAUUGUUAAUUAUUAUACAUAUGCACACAAUACUUAAUUUGCCGGUUGAAUAGUUGAAUUAUUUUUCUCUUGUAUUUACCUAAACAAGUAUAUCAUUGGCAGCGUCAGCAAGCUUCGCUGUCUCUCACAUUAUCGGCGCAGCAGCAAAUUUUGAUGUUUGCCUGCUCACAGCUUUCAGAAUUUAUAGUUCGUUUAUAACCUCAAUUUCGAUAAAAAUGCUGCUACCACAUACAUAUCUAGUUGAUUAUAGGACUUUUCACACGCAUUACUUUCAUUUUUAUGUAGUUCAACCCAAACUAAUUGUGGUGUUUUGAUGUUUCAGUAGUUAACAUAUUAACUAUUUCACAAUCCGUUUGCCUAUAUACAUUUUUUUAAUAUCAGUAUUUAGAGAUUGUAUUUUGUGGAGGUUUCUACAGUUUACAAAUUUAUAUUACUUCUUACUCGAGUGGAUUAUUCGGCAUUAGUAUUAUUUUAUAAUAAUAUAUACUACAGAAUUAAUAGCUAUUUAUUUAUUUUGAUUAAACACAUGAAUGUAUAUGCUUCAAUUACAUAGAUUUUUACUUUUUUCUAUAAAUACUCGGAUGCCAGAUGCAAAGAGUAAAAACUAAUAAUAAUUGAAGAAAUCUUCUUAACAAUUACAAAUUUUGUAUAAUUUCGAAUAUCUAUGACUUUGGUUCAACCCAAAACAUUCCCCCUUCCAACCCUUUUGUGGGUCGCUAGAUAAGGUCAGCGGAGGCCUGUCUACAAUUAGAAUAAUUUUUGAAAGGACCAACUUGAUAUUUAUGCAAUCUAAAGGGUGUAGUUGCUCCUUAACCAAAAUGCAUAUUACAUUGCUUUAAUAAAAUUGUAAAUGUGAAUUUGCGUAUUUGUAUUUUACUUGAUGUGCCGAGUUUCACGCACAAGUAUUAAAGAUUUACGCAACUAUCGGAUCAAAUAUUUCGUUUUUGUGCUACGUAAACACAAAUUAUUAUAUAUCAUUUUUAAAUUUUAUGAAAUUAAGGGAAAAAUGUACGAUGCAAGAAAGUCAAAAGAAAUUUUUUUUUUUUGUUGUGUCGUGGUUCCUUGAUCAGUUAAAAAACACCUCUGUCGAUCGUCAGUGUCGUAUUGAAAUAUAGAUGGCGCCGAAAAUAUCUUAGCUGUUUUUUUUGCAGCAAACUUCACUCAUUUCAUCUUAAAACACAUGUCUAAUAAAAUUACAACAUAAGAGUGAGGAAGAAUUUAAGUUUCAAUAUAACUACAAUUUGUUCUUUCGGGAGACACUGUGGUUAUUCGUGCAUUAAAAGGUGCACCACCACCGGAAAAACAAAUUACAUUCUCUUACGUUCUUGCGCCCAAGUUAGCUCGUCGUCCAGGUGCCGGAGGUGAUGAGACUAAGGAUGAACCAUGGGCCUGGGAUUCACGUGAAUUUCUAAGAAAGAAACUUAUUGGUGAAGAAGUUUUGUUCUCAUUUGAAAAACCUGCCAAUUCUAAUAGAGAAUAUGGUUUCGUAUGGCUGGGCAAGGAUGCGGAAUCCGGCGAAAAUGUUGUUGAAACAAUGGUGCGUGAGGGUUACGUAACUGUACGUCGAGAGGGAAGACCUUCCAGCGAAUUGCAAAGACUUAUCGAAUUAGAAGAUCAAGCUAAAAGUGCGAAUCGCGGUAAAUGGUCGCAUGUGCCACCUGUUGAAAAAGUGCGCCAUAUUAAAUGGACCCAGGAGAAUCCUGCCCAUAUUGUUGAAUACUAUGGUGGUAAACCAGUCAAAGCGAUUAUCGAACAUGUUCGAGAUGGUUCGACGGUUCGUGCCUUCCUUCUGCCAGAUUUCCAAUAUAUAACAUUGAUGAUUUCGGGAAUCCGUUGUCCAGGUGUGAAACUUGAUGCCGAUGGCAAACCAGAUUUAAGCGUAAAAAUUCCUUUUGCCGAUGAAGCCCGUUUCUACGUAGAAUCCCGAUUGCUACAACGCGAAGUAGAAAUUCGUCUCGAGUCUGUAAACAACUCAAAUUUCAUUGGUACGAUUCUGUUCCCCAAGGGCAACAUUGCCGAAUCAUUGCUGCGCGAAGGUUUGGCAAAAUGUGUUGACUGGUCGAUGGCCGUAAUGAAGAGCGGAGCCGAGAAGUUGCGUGCUGCCGAGCGAACUGCUAAGGAAAACCGUCUGCGUUUGUGGAAGGAAUAUCAAUCAAAGGCGCCCACUGUUAAUGCUAAGGAAAAAGAUUUCACCGGCACAGUAGUAGAAGUAUUCAACGGAGAUGCCGUUAGUGUACGCCUGUCAAACGGACAAGUGAAGAAAGUAUUUUUUUCUUCGAUACGCCCACCACGUGACCAACGUUCCGUUGUCGGCGCUGAUGGUGAGGUUGGUGUACCUCUACGCGGUAAGAACUACCGUCCGCUUUAUGAGAUUCCAUUCAUGUUCGAAGCUCGCGAAUUUUUGCGUAAGAAAUUAAUCAAUAAAAAAGUGCAAUGUAACUUGGACUACAUUUCGCCGGCACGCGAUAAUUUCCCAGAGAAAUAUUGUUAUACCGUGAACAUUGGCGGACAAAAUGUUGCUGAAGCUAUGGUUGCAAAGGGUUUAGCAACCUGCGUACGUCAUCGUCAAGAUGACGAUCAACGCUCUUCAGUGUACGAUCAGCUUUUAGCUGCCGAAAGUCAAGCUAUCAAGGGUCAAAAGGGCAUGUUUGGCAAAAAAGAUAAUGUGCCAUUGCGUAUCAAUGAUUUGACAGUUGAUCAUUCCCGUAUCAAAGUACAAUAUCUUCCUUCUUGGCAACGUGCCUUACGUACCGAAGCUAUUGUUGAAUUCGUCGCUAGUGGUUCACGUCUGCGUUUGUAUGUGCCGAAAGAUAGUUGUCUGGUAACAUUCCUGUUGGCUGGCAUUUCUUGUCCGCGUUCUUCACGUCCUGCUCUAAGCUCUCCACAUGUCCCAGCUCAAGAUGGCGAACCUUAUGGUGAGGAGGCUUUAGCAUUUACACGUGAUCGCGUUCUUCAACGUGAUGUAUCAGUGCAUAUUGACACCACCGAUAAAGCCGGCUCUUCCGUUAUCGGCUGGCUUUGGACGGACAAUAAUGUGAACUUGUCGGUUGCAUUGGUUGAGGAAGGUCUUGCUGAGGUGCACUUCAGUGCAGAAAAGUCUGAAUAUUACCGUCAGCUUAAGAAUGCCGAAGAUCGUGCCAAGGCGGCCAAGAAGAAUAUCUGGGCCAAUUAUGUUGAGCAAGUUAUUGAGGAGAAACCCGUCGUCGUAGAGGAGGAGAAGGACGAGAAAGUACCCGUGGAACGUAAAGUUCAUUAUGAAGAUGUUAUUGUAACUGAGAUUACUGCCGAUUUGACGUUCUUUGCGCAAGCCGUGGAAAAUGGUGCCAAAUUGGAGGCGAUGAUGGCCAAAUUGCACGCUGAUUUCCAAUCCAAUCCACCAAUCGUGGGUGCCUACACCCCCAAACGUGGUGAUGUGUGCGCAGCGCAAUUUUCCGCCGACAAUCAGUGGUACCGCGCCAAGAUCGAACGUGUGCAAGGCAACAACGCUACCGUGCUUUACAUCGACUACGGCAACAAGGAGACUGUGCCUACAAACCGUUUGGCCGCUCUACCAGCCGGAUUCACCAGCGACAGGCCGUACGCAACCGAGUAUGCACUGGCUUUGGUACAACUUCCCUCCGACAAUGAAGAUAAGGAGGAAGCCUUACGUAUCUUUGCCGAGGAUGUGCUCAAUCGUACUGUUAAGUUGAAUGUCGAACUAAAACCUGCCACCGGGCCGGCAUUAGCAACGGUGCAUGAUCCGGCCACCAAUGUCGACAUUGGUAAACAGUUGGUAGCGGAUGGUUAUGUAUUAGCCGAGAAGCGUCGCGAACGUAAACUCAAGGAUUUGGUGGAGCAGUAUAGAGCCGCUCAACAAGCUGCCUUGGCUGCACAUUUGGUUAUCUGGAAAUAUGGUGACAUCACUCAGGAUGAUGCGCCUGAAUUUAGCCGCUAAAACGGACGUGCGCGAUAGCGUUUUUAAUGUUUGUCUGCCACAUACCCGCCCUACAAAAACAACAACAACAUUCAUAGCUACAUACAUACAUACAUGAAUAUAAUGGAAAUGAAAUUAAAAUGAGGUAUAGUAAGAAUACAAAACAAAAAAAUAAAAAAAAAAAGAUACAAUGAAAAGACGAGUAUUGAUUCAGAACAUGCUCUCGAGUGGAGUAAAAUCAAAAAUAAAAUGCGAGCAGAGGUUCAAUAACUAUAUGAAGUAAUUACAUAUAAUAAAAAAUCUCAGAAUUUACAUGUAAAUUACGACACAUGUACAACAAAUAUAAUCGAUGUAGUUGUGCAAAUAACAACAAGACAUUCAUAGAAUUUGUACACUGCACAACAACGUCGACAACAAUUCCACUAUAUAUACAGCUCGAUUUACGAUCAAUGUCUCAUUAUAGAAGUGCCGAAGUAACCACACAAUCUUCGCAUAUAAAUAUAUAUACUUCCAUGGCCACGAAAAUUGUAAAAUAAUUAAUAAAAAUCCAAAUUUUUUUUAUGACAAAACGUUCUAUUAUAUGCCUAAAAAUAUCCUAAAUCUUCCCAAAUAUAUGGACGGUAAUUAGAGACAAUUAAAAAAUCAACAGUUUAAAAGAAGCAUGUGGAAAAGAAAAUUAAUUUCAAAUACGAUUUCAAUGCUGCGCACUAACGUACUAUAUCAUUGCUUAUGUAUGCUGUUACACUACAAAAAAAAA